AUUGCUGCUGCUCGUGAACCACGGUCGGCCGUCUCGCCGCCGCAUAGCUGUCGAGACGAAGCGAGGCGCACGUAGGCUGCUUGCGUUGCCGAGUGCCUUGUGGUGGCAACCAAGGUUUUGUUGACGAGAGGCACAGUCGAUGAGGGCGAUUCAGGUGUCGCCUUCACACCCUGAGGAGGACAAAAUCUCACUGAACUCGGAUCGUAUCGUGAAGAGCGCAAAGUAUUUGCAACGACGCAAAUCACUUUCGAUAAACAACAACAUCAACGAAGCGAUGUCUCUCGACGCAUCUAAAGACGGUCGAGCCAAUCGAGGAAACAACGGGGGAGAAAUUCGCAAUUUCGCGGACGCCGAAGAUACUGACGUUGGCCUCUGCGGUUGGAUUCUAACAGUAGGCUCCCUGAUUCUCAUCGGAGCCACAUUCCCAUUGUCGCUGUUUUUCUGCAUCAAGGUCGUCCAAGAGUAUGAGCGGGCUGUCAUCUUCCGCCUCGGUCGUCUCCUCUCUGGAGGCUCAAAGGGACCUGGUAUCUUCUUCAUCAUGCCAUGUAUCGAGAACUACACCAAGGUCGAUCUUAGGACCUUGACAUUCGAUGUCCCCCCGCAGGAGGUUCUGACGAAAGACUCAGUUACAGUAUCGGUGGACGCUGUCGUCUACUACAGGAUUCAAAACGCUGCCGUAUCCGUGGCGAACGUCGAGAACGCUCAUCAUUCCACGAGACUCCUGGCUCAGACCACCUUGAGGAACAUGCUGGGAACCCGAAACCUCCACGAGAUUCUCUCCGACCGGGAGCAGAUUUCUGCAACGAUGCAGAAUACGCUCGACGGCACGACCGAUGCUUGGGGAAUCAAAGUGGAACGAGUGGAAAUUAAGGACGUCCGUUUACCUGUCCAACUGCAGAGAGCUAUGGCGGCCGAGGCAGAGGCCGCCCGGGAAGCUCGAGCCAAAGUCAUCGCGGCCGAAGGGGAGCAAAAGUCUUCUAGAGCUCUCAAAGAAGCCGCGGACGUUAUAGCUCAGAGCCCAGCCGCUCUGCAGCUCAGGUAUCUCCAGACCUUGAACACGAUCUCGGCGGAGAAAAACUCGACCAUCGUGUUCCCGAUCCCCAUCGACAUGCUUCAAGGCUUCGUGGCGAGAGACAAAUAG